AAAAACUAUUUUUUUUGCCCUUUCCCUUCAAUCCACGUGAAACCGUUAUUCAUAUCCUCGGCUUGCUCAUUAGAAAUUAGGGCUUUGAAAGGAAGGGGCUUUUCAAUUCUGAAAUCGAAGGUCUAAUUGUCAAUCUCCCCGUAUCUGGUAAUUCUACAUCUAUCUGUUCAUUCAAUCUCUGUUUCCAAUUGAUUGCUGACGUGAAUUAUAAGAAUUUUCUUUCUGCUAUGAUGGGAUAAGGGCGAGUUUCUGGUGCAGGUGAUUACUGCUUAGGAGGUAGAAUUUAUCUGUGCGCUGUUGAUUAAUGGGUGCACCUAAGCAAAAGUGGACUGCAGAGGAAGAAGCAGCUCUUAAAGCUGGAGUCCUUAAGCAUGGCCCUGGAAAGUGGCGUACAAUUCUUAAAGAUCCCGAAUUCAGUGGAGUUUUAUGUUUGAGAUCCAAUGUUGAUCUCAAGGAUAAGUGGAGAAACAUGAGUGUGAUGGCGAACGGAUGGGGAUCUCGGGAUAGGGCUAAAUUAGCACUCAAGAGGAUGCAUCAGGCAGCAAAACACGGCGAGAGUGUUUCACAAAGCGACGAGGAAAUUGAUGAUUCUACAUCACCAGUCAGUGGCCCAAAAAGAUCUAUUAUGAGGUUGGACAAUCUUAUUAUAGAAGCUAUAAAUAACCUGAGGGAACCUGGUGGUUCUAACAAGACCACUAUAGCUACCUACAUAGAGGACCAGUACUGGGCACCGCCGAACUUUAAAAGGAUGUUAUCUGGUAAAUUGAAGCAUUUUGUUGCAAACGGGAAACUUAUCAAGAUGAAACGGAAAUAUAGAAUGGCUCCAACUGCUUCAUUAUCUGAGAGGAGGAGGAACCCUUCUAUUUCUAUAGCUAGCAGAAGGCAGGGUAUUUCUCCGAGGACUGACUGUGAUGAUGUCAGUGAACUUUCAAAAUCUCAGAUUGAUUUAGAGUUAGCCAAGAUGAGGAGCAUGACUCCAGAAGAAGCUGCUGCUGCUGCUGCUCAAGCAGUUGCUGAAGCAGAAGCUGCAAUGGCCGAAGCUGAAGAGGCAGCACAAGAGGCAGAGGCAGCAGAGGCAGAUGCUGAAGCAGCACAGGCUUUUGCAGAUGCGGCAUCCAAGACACUAAAAGGGAGAAGCACUCCAAGUUUGAAUAUGCAAAUGAUUCAUGCGUGAUGGAGUUGGGGACGACAUCUAUAAUAAGUCACUUACAGCUUCUGUAUGAUUUGAACUCAUUGAAUUAAUCAUAAAAGACGAUCUAUUGCUGUAAAUAUGGUAAUCAUUUAUGCUCCGUAGAAUACAGGCAGUGUUUGCUUGAGUAAAUUCCGGUGACUUUAGCAGAUUAUGCAAACCUCACUUCUAUUAGACAUUAGCUUGUUCGCAUGGAAACUACUGCAGGUAUGCUAGAAGUUCCACAUCCGGACUUAGAGACAGAAUAUUUCCCUAGAAAUCGAAAGUAGGUGGUGUAACCAGAUGUUGGUUCAGUGUUUAUUUUCUUUGUUGGAACUGAAUUGGAAGAAAUGAAGCCCUUCCACCCAGCAAGAGGAAAAGGGCAUUUGUCUGUGAGCUGCCUUGGUGUACCAGCGUCUAUGCUGCUUUUGAUGUAUCUUCGGCUGCCUGUAUUGCUGCUCUUUCUUUCUAUGCAAAGAGCUGGAUAGAAAACUUAACUUCGUCAAGUGUGUAACGAGUUUUUCUUUUUAAAUAACUUCAGUUUUUUACAAUUGUCUUUUCAAAUAAGCCCUCACUAUUUUAAGUUUUAACUGCAGUUUGUCCCUUUACAGACAUGAUGAUUCUGCUUCGUUCAUGGUCUAAUUGCAAUUUUCAUUUCCUUUGUGUAGAUUACAUUAACUCUGUCUUGUAUUUAAAAAACUUUGUAACUCUACUGCGCAUUUGCAAUUGUAUGUAGAAAAAUAAUGAUUUUA